AUGAACCUUAAAAUCACCAUUAAUUAACAAGCCUCAAUAAAUGAUAAACUAAUAAUAGUCAAUUUAGAAUAAAUACUUAUCUUUAGAGAUAAUACAUUCAAUAAGAUUGAUUGUGAUUAAUAAAUAUCACUGAAAGAUGCAGUUCAGAUUUCAUAGAUCUUAAAAGAUUGUAAAUUAUUAAACCUAUAAAAUUAGAGGGAGUCUUAAAUUAUGAAGGAGAGAUCAAUUAAUAAAUUAUAACUUACUUAGAAGCUUGUGGAUUGUAUAGUUAAGGUUAAGGGUAUUUUAUAAAAAGAAUAUUAUAAACUAAGAAAAUCAAUUUUACAUAAUAAGAGUUCAAUAAUUGCUAUGGGAAAUAUGAUUAUAUUGAAUAGAAAUUUUAGAAUCAAAUGAAUUUAUUCAAAUAAGUUGAUUUGAAUGGAAACUAAGAAACAAUAGAUGAGAAUGAAUUAUUGAAUGAUGGUGUAUAAGUUAAAUAAGUUGAAAGUUGUGCAUCUAAACCUAGAGCAUGUGCAAAUUGUACUUGUGGAAGAAAAGAAAUGGAGUAUAAAUAAAAAUGAUUUAAUUUUAGAGAGAAAUAAGAUCAAGAAUAGUUACUAGAAUAAUUAAAAAAUAAUUCUGUUAAAGGUUGCGGAAGUUGUUAUCUAGGAGAUGCUUUUAGAUGUGCAAAUUGUCCAUUUAGAGGUAUUUAAUAAUUAAAUGAUUUUUAGGAUUGCCUGCAUUUAAAGAUGGAGAAUAAGUAAAAGUCUUAUAAGAUGAUGUAAAUUUACAAGAAUAAGAAGAGAAUAAUUAAAUUAAAUUGGAGAAUGGAAAAGUUAAAUUAAAGAUAUGAU